AUGAUGGCAGAUUUUACUGAAGAGCAUACGUGGUUACAAAUGCAGCAUGAUCUAAGCUUGAAGAAACUAAUAGAAGGUUCAGAGUAUCAAGAGGAACUGAAGUACGAAUUCAACAUAAAAGGGGAACUGAGGCACCUGGAUACAAAUGAGUCCUUUGUUUUCAAUUAUUACAAGAAUACACCUGAGCAGAAUCAUAAACGCUAUCAAGUUUUGGGACAUUUGAUUACCAAUUACAUUUAUGAGCUCCUGGAAAGAGUCUGCAUGCUGCAGAAAGUUACUAUCCCUACUGAUGCUACAGAGGGUGAGCCAAGAAGUUUCUUUUUCAUGAGUGAGAAUGCACUAACAUAUUCCUCUAGCCUAAUUGUCCUUCUUCAAGACCGUGGAGUUUUCCGUGCCGGACAGUGGGGGUACAGGACCAUUGUCAGAGAGGGCCUGGUGCACGGAACACAAAUACCGUUCAUCAAAAUGGCCCUUCAAACCCAUGAAGGAGUGAUUGUACUGAAUCCUAACGACAACUUUGUUGAUCCAGAGGCUGAAAAGGGGAGGUUAAGCUUUUCUACCAGGGAAGAAGCACAGACUUCUACGCAGUCCAGCUGGAUGCCCAAGAGGGCCAGCAGCAGCCCCGAGGAGCACACCAUGUACGUAUGGGAUCAUUUCAUAUCAAAGAGCGCAGCCAAGAACGUGGCCUUCAUUGCCCAUGGCUAUGGUGGCUUGGUGUUCGUUGAUCUGCUGGUGCAGAGAAAAUGGGAGGUGAUGAAUAAAGUGUACUCCGUGGCAUUCAUCGACUCCAUGCACAACACACGGCACCAGACUAGAAGCGAUCCACAAAUACAAGAAUGGAUACAGAAAUGCUGCCGAGAAUGGGUGUCGAGCAGUAAGCCUCUAGACAGAGCUGUGGGUUCUCCCAUGAAAAUGAAUUGCCCUACUGUCUCUGCUGGAACAGAAAAGCAUGAUUUAGCACCCUCCUGCUGCUUACGUGCCAUCUUUAAGUAUCUGAAGAGUUUGCUGAAAGCCAAGACAAUAGUUUCUAGGUAUUCACCUAUUGCAACCAGAAGCAGCACAAGAAAGAAGAGAGGCAAUACGUAA